AUGUGCCGAAAAGGACAUUUAAACAGACACGUGAGAAUCCACACUGGACAGAAACCUUUCUGUUGUGAUUUAUGUGGACAAAGAUUUACUGAUAAAGGACAUUUAAACAAUCACAUGAGAAUCCACACUGGACAGAAACCUUUCUCUUGUGAUCUAUGUGGACAAAGAUUUAACAAAAAAGGAAAUUUAAACACACACAUGAGAAUCCACACUGGUCAGAAACCUUUCUGUUGUGAUCUAUGUGGACAAAGAUUUAGCCGAAAAGGAAGUUUAAACACACACAUGAGAAUCCAUACUGGUCAGAAACCUUUUUGUUGUGAUCUAUGUGGACAAAGAUUUACUGAAAAAGGACAUUUAAACACACACAUGAGAAUCCACACUGGACAGAAACCUUUCUGUUGUGAUCUAUGUGGACAAAGAUUUAGCCAUAAAGGACAUUUAAACACACACAUGAGAAUCCAUACUGGUCAGAAACCUUUUUGUUGUGAUGUAUGUGGACACAGAUUUACUGAAAAAGGAGGUUUAAACAUACACAUGAGAAUCCACACUGGUCAGAAACCUUUCUGUUGUGAUCUAUGUGGACAAAGAUUUACUGAAAAAGGAGGUUUAAACAAACACAUGAGAAUCCACACUGGUCAGAAACCUUUCUGUUGUGAUCUAUGUGGACAAAGAUUUAGCCAUAAAUCAAGUUUAAACAAACACAUGAGAAUCCACACUGGUCAGAAACCCUUCUGUUGUGAUCUAUGUGGACAAAGAUUUACUGAAAAAGGACAUUUAAACAGACACAUGAGAAUCCACACUGGACAGAAACCUUUCUGUUGUGAUCUAUGUGGACAAAGAUUUAGCCAUAAAUCAAGUUUAAACAAACACAUGAGAAUCCACACUGGUCAGAAACCCUUCUGUUGUGAUCUAUGUGGACAAAGAUUUACUGAAAAAGGAAAUUUAAACACACACAUGAGAAUCCACACUGGACAGAAACCUUUCUGUUGUGAUGUAUGUGGACAAAGAUUUAGCCAAAAAGGAAGUUUAAACACACACAUGAGAAUCCACACUAGAGAGGAAAAUGACUAAGGUUUGAAGGCUCAAACAUAUUAUGGUCGCUGUAAAAUUUGUGAUGUGAAGUGCAAGGCCAGUGGACAAUUUGCACAGUUUUCGUCAGCUUCAGAUAUUUGGCUACAACUCCUGCAUUCAGCACCGUUAACAAGCCUGCUAAUGGAUGCAAUUUGUGCGUUAAAUUUGUGCCUUAUUAAGAAAACUAAAACUGCGUAGUUAAGGGUUUUCAUAUUGAAGAAAUGUUUGAAAUAUCUGAGAUGUUACAAUACAAACGGCUGGAUGUUGUUUUGAUAUAUUCAAUAAAGUUUAUAUAUUGAGAAA